CAGAGUUCCCAAUCUCCUUCCUCAAGCAUAGUCGGCGCUUCAACCCCCCGCCGCCGCCGGAGCCCAGAUUAUAUAUAUAGAGAGAGAGUGGCCUGAGUGUGCCGAAGAUGCAGAGACUGAAGCUGUUAUCGCCUUUAAGGCGUUCAUUUCCAUCUCUACAAAGACAUUUCUCCGCUCUACCCAACAUUUCACCCUACGAUGUCGAAGAGGAGGUUAUGGUUGAAGGAAGAGCUAAAUCCAGAGCUGCUGUGCUCAGUAGACCGUCUGUUCUAAAUGCGAUUGAUAGUUCUAUGGCAUCUCGUUUGAAAAGGCUCUAUGAGUCAUGGGAAGAAAAUCCAGAUAUUGGGUUUGUCAUAAUGAAGGGAAGUGGCAGGGCAUUCUGUUCUGGUUCAGAUGUAGUUUCUCUCUAUCAGAUGCUUAAUGAAGGGAAUACUGAAGAGUGUAAAAUGUUCUUCAGGACACUUUAUGGCUUUAUAUACCUAUUGGGAACCUAUUUGAAGCCAAAUGUGGCUAUCUUGGACGGUGUCAGUAUGGGCAGUGGUGCAGGUAUUUCACUUCCUGGAAUGUUCCGUGUAGCAACCGAUAAAACUGUUUUUUCAACUCCAGAAGCUCAACUGGGUUUUCACCCUGAUGCAGGGGCUUCUUUCUAUCUUUCCCGUCUGCCUGGUUAUUUCGGUGAGUUCUUGGCUCUGACGGGAGAAAAGCUUAAUGGAGUUGAAAUGAUUGCUUGUGGCCUAGCAACACACUAUUCAUUGAAUGCGAGGCUUUCUUUGAUUGAAGAUCGUCUUGGUAAAUUGAUGACUGACAUGCCUUCCAUUAUUGAGAACUCUCUUGCACAAUAUGGUGAUCUUGUCUACCCAGAUAAGAGAAGCGUUCUCCACAAGAUUGAAACCAUCGACAAAUGCUUCAGUCAGGACACCGUUGAAGAAAUCAUUGAAGCCCUGGAGAAAGAGGCUGCAGAGUCGUAUGAUGAUUGGUGUAUCAAAACACUCGACAAACUUAAACAAUCAUCGCCACUUAGUCUUAAAUUGACUUUACGAUCAAUACGAGAAGGUAGAUUUCAACCUCUUGACCAAUGCCUAGCUCGUGAAUAUAGAGUCUCGUUGAAUUGCAUAUCCAAACGGGUUUCUAAUGAUUUCUGCGAGGGUGUACGUGCACGAUUAGUUGACAAAGAUUUUGCUCCAAAGUGGGACCCACCGAGGUUGGAAGAAGUUACAAAGGAUAUGGUUGACUGUCAUUUUGAUCCUUUAGGAGAAAAUGAAAAUGAACUGGAUUUGCCUACAGGUUUGAGGGAGCCUUCAGUUUAAGGCUGACCCUUUUAAAAACCAUACUUCUUCUUGACAAACCCUAAGUUUUCGGGACAUUUCUUUCGUUGAUUUGGUAAUGUCACGGUUGUAUUGUAGUUAGUUAUUGACGAUGGAGCAAGUGAUGUUUGUCUUAAGCUAUAACUGUCUGUUGAGAAACAGAUAUGCUGAUAGAAGUUUUUUUUAUGAAUGAAAGAUUAACAACUGCUUUUGAUCU